AUGAAAGCUGAGCAAUGCUUUAAUGCAGGAUGCCUACUUGAAAUAGAAUAUAUAUGCCAGUGCACCUCUCCUGAAACUUACUCUUGCAAACUACACUGAAUAGAGCAUUGUGACUCAUCUGAUAGAGAUCAUACCUUUAAAUCUGCUUUCUUAAAGCCUCCUGAAGGUACAAAAGAAGCAGUGCUUCAGUUUCUUACGAAAGAACAGUCUAAAAAGAACAAAUUAAAGAAUAAAAUUAUUGAUUCCUUUCGUAAAAAUAUCACCAAUUCAAAAAAUAGUUUUGAAGAAAGCCUUAAAAAGUUGGAUUUUGACUCAGAAGAGAUCAGCAAUUGGAUGGAAAAGGUCUUGAAAACGCAAAAAAUAUCAAAGCAGGAACAAGAGCCAAUUCUAAAGCUAUUGGCUUUAAAUCCAGAAGAUGCGAUUAUAAAAGCUAAAACUUUGCUCUCAAGCAGCUCAGAGUCGUAUGGCAAAAUAAAACUGCUUUAUGGGCUAAAUGAAGAAAUUGAAAAAAAGAUUGAUUCUUUUAUAAAAGAGAAAUUUGAAAAUUUUCUAGAUAGCAGGCUUGUUGAGAUAGAAAAAACUCUGCUAGUGCAUGAAGAAAUCCUAAAAUCUUGUACGAACCAACAAGAGAAGGUAAAUAAUUCGAUUUCAGUAUUGAUAAGUGAACUCGAAAAGGAUAAAAGAAAAUUUGAAGAUUGAAAUAAAGAGGUAAAAAUUGUGUGAGAAAAUCAAGUAAAUAUGCUAAACUCUCAAUUAUCCUGUAUGACUGAAAACAUAAAUAAAAAACUAAAUGAAACAAUCCAAUCUCAAAACCAAUUCAAUUUAAAUGUCGAAAACAAGCUACUAAUUCCUCAAGAAUUAAGAGUUAAAACAUUUGCAAUUUUAGGCCAAAAAAAUGAUCCAAGCACAGAAGCUGAUUUCAGAAGAACUUGCUCAAAAUACGAAAACGAGCUAAGAGAUACCCUUAGCUCUGACCUAUUCCUCAAUCAUAAUUAUCAAAAUUACAUCAGUUCUUAUAUCCUAAACACAUCCCUUUAUCUUCUUAAAAAUUUUAACAACACAACAAAUCUAUCUAUCUAUAAUACUGAAAGCGAAACAGAAAAUAUAAAAACCUUAGAUAUUCCAGAGCCAUUAGAUAUAUACACAUGCAUAGCACAACUCCCAAAAGGAGGAUUAUUCUGUUUUGGUAAAAAUCCACCCUCUGGCAUCACUUUAAUAAUUGAUAAGAAAUAUAAUAUUAGAAUGCUGCCAUCUGGGGUGUCAUGCUACUGCUCAUCAGCCAUCUAUUUAGAUAGAAAUAUUUAUUGUUUUGGAGGAAUAGAUAAUAAUGGCUAUUUAAAUUUAUCAGAGAAGUUUGAUUUGGACAGAGAGUGCUGAAUUAAACUAAGCCCAAUGCUUCAAUCUGACUAUGGCUGCCAUUCGGUAGUUUUUGAUAGAGAUAUUUUGGUUUCUGGGAAGAAAAAUAAAUAUCUUUUGCGAUAUUCAAUAGAUGGCAAUGUUUUUAAUAGGAUCUCUUUUGAAUUUGCAGAAAAUAAAAGAAAAAUUUUGGUAAAUGGAGAAAGAAUAUAUUUGAUUGAAUGCGGAGGGUUUAUCUAUGAAAGUGAAAUUCAAAAUAUUGGUACUUGGAAACAAGUAGCAGAAUCAAAAAUUAGAGAUAGCAGUCCUUCUCAAGUUUAUUAUUCAUAUAAUAAAGAAGCAAUAUAUGUUGGGUGCAAGAAUGAUGAAGGCUAUUACAAAUUUAAUUUGAAUAAUAAAAUAAUGAUUCAGCUUUAA